AUGGAUUUUCGAGUUUCUGCCUUUCCAAUCAUACUUUCCUUCUUCAUCAUCAUCUUCACUAUACUAAAACUCGGUCACAAGUCCAAUGCCAAAGGCCCUUCCAAGCUUCCUCCCGGUCCGAGAAAGCUCCCUAUCAUAGGGAACUUGCACCAGCUUCUCGGGUCACCGCCUCCUCGAGCAUUGCACAACUUGGCCAAGAAAUACGGACCGUUGAUGCAUUUGCAGCUUGGGGAAGUUCCUCAUGUUGUCGUUUCUUCGGCCAAAGUGGCCAAAGAGGUGAUGAAGACCCACGACCUUACUUUCGCAACUAGGCCUCGGCUUCUUGCUGCCGAUGUGAUAUCAUACGGAUCCGUGGACAUCGCAUUCGCGCCUUAUGGCGAAUACUGGAGGCAACUUAGAAAAAUCUGCACUCUGGAGCUCUUGAGUACCAAGAGGGUCCAGUCGUUUAGGCAUGUAAGAGAAGAAGAGGUUUCAAAUCUUGUCAAAUGGGUCGCCUCUAGUGCUGGGUCUCCUAUCAAUCUUACUACGAGACUAUUCUCGUCCAACUACGGAGUAACUUCGAUUGCGGCCUUUGGGAAGAAAUGCAAAGAGCAGGAGGAGUUCAUAUCCGUAGUCACCGAAUCGAUUAAAUUUGCUGCUGGCUUUGAGGUUGGGGACGUGUUUCCUUCAUCAAAGUGGCUUCAUGUGAUCAGCGGGAUGAGGCCACGAUUGGAAAAGUUGCAUCAGCGAGCGGACCGGAUCAUGAACAACAUCAUUAGAGAAAAGAGAGAAGCGAGGGCUAAGAGAAGCGGUGAUGAAACAACACAUGAUGAUUUGCUCGAUAUUCUCUUGAGGUAUGCUGAUCACUGUGGUCCUGAAUUUUCCUUGACCACUGACAACAUCAAGGCAGUAAUACUGGAUAUUUUUGCUGCCGGGAGCGAGACUUCAGCCACGCAGGUGGAUUGGGCAUUCGUGGAGAUGAUGAGGAAUCCGAGAAUCCUCAAAAAGGCGCAGGCUGAGGUGAGGGAGGUCUUCGACAGGAGAGGCAAAGCAGACGAGACAGGAUUGCCCGAACUAGAGUACCUGAAGUUUGUAAUAAAAGAGAGUUUGAGGAUGCACCCUUCUGUUCCCCUGCUUUUGCCGAGGGAAUGCGGAGAGAGUUGCGAGAUAAGCAGUUAUGAGAUCCCAGUCAAGACCAAAGUGCUCGUGAAUGCGUGGGCAAUCGGGAGAGACCCCGAGUACUGGGACGACCCCGAGACUUUUUACCCAGAGAGGUUCAAGGACAAUCCAGUCGAUUACAAAGGAACCAGCUUCGAGUACAUACCCUUUGGUGCGGGUAGGAGGAUUUGUCCCGGGAUGAACUUUGGGCUUGCAAAUGUGGAGCUUCCGCUUGCGAUGUUGCUGUACCACUUUGACUGGGAGCUUCCUGAGGGAAUGAAGAGUGAAGAAAUGGACAUGAGUGAGGCACUCGGUGUGACUCAGAGGAGGAAGCAUGAUCUGUACCUGGUUCCCAAGCCCUAUCAGCCUGCCUUCACCAGUAGAGACCUUCUCAAGUAG